CACUAUCCUCGUCGACAAAUUCCACCCUUGGGAGAGCUCGCCGUCCGACGCCGUCCACCGUUGUCAGCCCUGCGUUUUUGCUCUCCAUCUAUAAUAGAGGAAGGUUCGAACCCUAGGGCUUUGUCUGCUACUACUCCAAGAAUCCGGUGAAAUUGAUUUGUUCAAUCUGGCUUUGAAACUAGAUUUGAAUUUGUUCCCGGCGUCAUCUUUUCUCUACGUGGGUGUCAACCCUCUUUGGGACCAGUCUCUCCGUUUCUUGCUUCGUUUUGAAUUUUUCAUUAUAAGUUGGUGGAGUAAUUGUUGAAUAUCGACGCUUUUGAAUGAAGAUUGAAUUUAAUUUUUUUUUUGGAAAAAAAACUUUGAUUACUAGUUUUUGCUUUAAUGGUGUGUAAUCGGCUAUUAUACUUCUGCCUUCUUCAUUUUGAUUACUAGCGACUUAUAUGCUUUGGAUUGUUUUGUUGUGUAAUGUGGAUUUGUUGUUUAUUGGCAUUCUGUUUAUUAAUCUCUUUAUAUUAUCAUCAAUUUAGAAAAUUGCCGAGGUAUUUUUGAUGCAUGAUUUGGUAAAUGACUUAGCUCAAGUUGUGUUUAGCAAUUUAGAAGCUUGAGUUUAAAUUGACAUUCUUCAGUGGCUUGGAGGAGUUGCCUGAAUCAGUUGGCUUGCCAAGGUAUCUUCGUCAAAGUAUCUGGCACAAAAAAUAGAAGGGCGUGAUAUCAACGAUGCAUAUUUCAAAGAUUUCAGUGGCGGCAGAUGCCUCCACUGAGUGUAAUAUAUGCCCGUUUAUCGGUUUGGGAAAUUAGUUGAUUCCAAUCUAGCCUCAUCCUCUGUUCAUCCGUAAUCAAAUGAGGGUCUUCAAGAAAUCAUUUAUUAAAGUUCAAUCUCACUCUAUCAUUGAGAUCAUCAGGGUCAUUCCCUCAAUAUUCUUGCCAAAGCUCAACAUUGUCUAGUAAUGACUACAAUUCAGACAGAUAAUCAUGGAGAGCCUCAAAGAUCUGAUCUGAAUUGCAAAGAAACUGCUAAGACUCAUAAUUCAGCACCUUCGUUUAAAAGAUGGGGUAGAAAAUAUCCAUUUGUCAGAUAUGGACUCCCAAUGAUCUCUCUUACUGUCCUUGGGGCUAUUGGACUUGGUCAUCUCUUGCAAGGCAGCAAGGACAUUGCAAAGGUGAAAGAUGAUCAAGAAUGGGAAAUAACUGAAACAAGAAAAGCACUGUCUAGAACUGGGCCAGUUGAUGCGUAUAAACCAAAAAAGAUUUCAUUGGAGGAGGAGUUACAGGCCUUACAAAAGAAGGUGGACAUCAACAAAUACGAGUACAAGAAAAUUCCUAAACCAAAUGAAGGCAAGCUAAAGUAGAAUCGAGAUGUUUAACUAAAAUAACUCGUGUUGGAAUAUCGCCUGCAAUAGGUGAGCUCCAAUCCCCCACUUUGGAAGUUAGAGCCAAUUCUUGCCCUGCUCGUGAAAUUCUGCCUUGCAUCUUUAGGGUUAUUAGCAUCUUUAACCUUGUAGAGGAGGAAGUUGAGAUAAAUAAUGAAUGAUUUUGGGAGUUUAUUUCCAAGAAUUUUUGAGUUAAAUGCAAUGAAUGGUAGAGGUUACAUGCUUGGUGAGUAUCUCAUUCGUGUAAGAAGGUGAAUGUCUUUUCUAUUGGUUUGCCUAUUUCAUACGUUGUUGGUGGUGGUUAGGUCUGGAAACGAACCGUGUCAAUUCAAACUUGUUCAUUCAGAUGGAGAAAAUUCAAAUUUGACCCCGUAUGUUUAUUCAAUAAACAAA